CGGUCCCCGCAGUUGCCGAACGAUUGCGUGUUGUUCCCCAGCAAGCGGUUUUACCGUCUCGUCAGGGCACCGCACGUUGGUCCCGCGACGAUGUACAGUAAUCGAUUGCAUGAAAACGCCGCCGAUCGACGAAUAGCGAGCUGUUCUGCCGUGCUUCUUUCUUCAAUGUGCUAUCGGUGGAUCCAGUGACGCUUGCAAACUCUUUCGAUAAGAUUUCUAUGGAUAUCAAAACUGAGAUUCCCGACACGGAUGACGAUUACUUGAAGCAGCAAACGUCUCUCGAGAGCUCAGUUGAAUCCAAAUCGGAGGCUGGAAAUGGUGCCGUGCGAACAUACAUUAUCAGACCUCUUGAUGCUUCUAGAGCCGCUUUAAAGAGAUCUAUUCAAGACCGUGAUGGCUCCUUGACUGUGAAGUCUGAAUGUAUAGAUGUGGAAAGUGGAAGGAUUUUGAGUGAGUCGCCGCAAACUCGCAACGUCGUUCGCACAGCAAGCAUUUCAGAAGGCGGGGUGAAGUUUUGGCGGACAGCUAGUGGCAAACUGUUGAGAUUGGAUCCAGCAAGUCCGCAUCCCCUCAUUGUUCGCGAUUCCAUAGGCGAAUUGGCUUCAUCUAAACCUAGACUUGUCAGACUGGCAAAUGGCAGAUUGGCAAGAAUUACGAAAAAGAGAAUACCCGCAUCUUUAUUACAUCAACGUACUGCGUCGGUGGCAAAUUCGAAUCAGUUUCAUGCGAGUAUUCAGCGCUUUCCUGUUCCCUCUGCAACGGCUAGCGUGGCUGUAUCAGACGCCAUCGAUGCCUCUUCAUUGAUGGGAAAUGGCGCGGAAAGUACGGAGCUGUUCGAAGUGCAAAAGAAAGAACCUUCUCCGGCUAUCAAGGCCGAACCAGUAGAUGAAAAGGAGUUAGAAGAGCAACAGGAGCAAUCUUCAUUGCCUCCUCCAACUUCGGAGGCACUGAAUACAUUGCGAACACCAUCUCUCGCGGCAGCCUUAUGUGACGUGAAUACAGCUCCAACCAAUGUGAGCGACUUGGUGAAAAUUGUUGAUGAGCCGCUGUUCAAUCCCACGCGAUAUAACAACAAUUCGUCAUCGGAUCACUGUAAUGUAUGCAAGAAGGUACUUCCUGGAAUGAAAAGGCAUUUGAUUACUGUCGAAGCACGUCUCACAUGUCUUGUAGAUGCUGUUCAGAAUUUAAUCGUACAGAUGAAUCCGGCUAAUUCCAUCAGUGAGAGCAGGAAGACUACACAAGAGAGACCAUCAGCAAAGUUGACAAUUCCUCGUCCGAAGCCUGAUAACCAGUCAGGACCACCGACGCAGGCUCGCAAACUUCUCGUACCCAUCAGGAUAAGCAGUGAAGAAUCUACUGCUCACGUCGUGCACAAGCCUAGGCAAAAGUCUUCGGUUUUUUAUUUGAAUGUUUGCCUGUUGGAAAGUACAGUUGGCGAAGAGAAUCACACUGAGAGACGAGUUUAUUACUAUAACAAGAUCACAAAAGAGUCAUCAUGGAAUAAGCCCGAUGAGCUGAAAACUCCACAGGAGCAUUUUCUUUUUCUAUACACAAGUCAGAUUUUUCAUUUUUACCAUUACAAAAUGAAAAGCCGCGCAUACUACUACAACACCGUCACAAAGGAGACUACUUGGACAAGACCCGAAUGUCUAAACACACCCGCCUCCACUACUGAAGCAUCGAAGCCUGCUGCCACUGCUGCAGCUGCGGAGGAAUUGAAGAAGGAGACAAAGGAAGAGCCCAAGGAAGAAAGCGAAAUGGAAAAGGCCAUGAAGGCUACACUUGCAUCGAUGACUGUGCCUUUGCCAACAGAAAGUCAUACAGCCACUCCUGAACAGGCGGUGGAAGCUGCUGCAGAUGAUAAUGAGCAGGAUUUAAAAAAGCGACAAGCUGAGCGCUUCCGCGACCUGUUAAGAGACAAGUAUAAUGAAGGCAAAAUCACUUCUACGUGUAAUUGGGAGCAUGCUGUUAAGCACAUCCAGAGCGACCCGCGUUUCCGCAUCCUCACCAAGGUGUCAGAAAAGAAGCAAUUGUUCAACGCAUGGAAGGUACAAAGGCAAAAGGAGGAAAGGGACGAGAAACGUCUUGCAAUAAAGAAAGCUAAGGAGAAUCUGGAAAAAUGGUUGCAAGACCAUCCUAAAAUGAAGCCUGGUCUGAAAUAUAUGAGAGCGCGAGAGAUAUUCAGCAAGGAGGCGGUCUGGCAAGCAGUGCAUGAGGAUGAUAGACAGGAUAUCUUCCGUGAAGCUUUGGCAUAUGUAACGAAGAGAGAUGCGGACAUGAACCGAGAAACUAGAAAACGCAAUAUCAAAGCGUUAGCGGAAAUAUUGGAAAGCAUGGAUCAGAUCACAUACAAAACAACUUGGGCACAAGCUCAGCGACUGCUUAUAGAAAAUCCACAGUUUGCUGAUGAUACCACUCUACAGAGUAUGGAUAAAGAGGACGCUCUAAUUGUUUUUGAAGAACAUAUCAGACAAGCUGAGAAGGAGCAUGCUGAGAUCAAAGAAGCAGAGGAGCGUAGAAUAAAAAGGCAAGAGCGCAAAGUUCGUGAAGAUUUUACGAAGUUCCUUCAAGAGCUGCAUAAGAAAGGUGAACUGACUUCAAUGUCUCUCUGGUCAUCACUGUAUCCUGCUAUCUCUUCUGAUCCAAGAUUUGAUGCAAUGCUUACGCAAGAUGGCUCAACACCUCUUGACUUAUUCAAAUUCUAUGUAGAAGAUCUGAAAGAGCAGUAUGGACAAGAUCGACGAGUUAUCAAAGAUAUAUUGAAUGAUCAAAAGAAGGUCGUUCAGGUCGAUACAACUUAUGAGGAAUUCUCGAAAUGGGUUACUUCGGCUGAGAAAGGACUUCUAGUAGAUCAUGGGAACAUGAAGUUGUGCUACAAUUCCCUUGUUGAGAAGGCGGAGUCAAAAGAAAGAGAAGCGGAAAGAGAGGAAGCUAGAAAGAAGAGGCGUCAAGAAAGCGAGUUCCGUCACCUUCUUAGGGCACAGCAGCCAGCUGUCGAUGCCACCACUGAAUGGUCAGCCGUACGUGGCAAGAUAGAGAAGGAAAAGGCUUUCAUGAUUAUUGAGUCGGAAGAGCUUCGCAUCAAAUACUUCGAGGAGUACAAAAAGUCCCUCAGCGAGGCUUGCACUCAUCAUCACUCGUUGUCCAAGAAAAAGAAGAAAGACAAGAAGAAGAAAGGAAAGAAAAGCGAUAAGGAGUCAGACAGUGAAAGCGAGCCGAAGGAAAAGAAAAAGCGAAAGAAGCAUUCAAAAGAGGAAAGAGAUAGUGACGAUGAGAAAGCACGUCGUAAAUCUCACAAACGUAAGCGAUCGCGAUCACGUUCGAGCUCACGGAGUGGAGACGAAAAGAAACGAAGGGAAGCUUCCGAUUCUGACUGAGGUGGACUAUCUCCAUGUUAUUUAUCACAUUUUUUCCAAAUAAAUAGUCUUGAUUGUAUGUGGGCAUUAGAUCUCGUUAAAGUUGGCUACAACAUAUUCAUUCGUGUUUUUUACUGUAAGUGUUGUUGCAGUGAUUUAUCGUGCUUUGUACGUGAAAUAAAUCUGGUCUUAUAAUGGUUGUCAGGA